CAAAGUCAAAGGCCAGAUUUGAUUCGUCACUUGUGAACUUGUGAACAGACUUCGCUUACAGGAGCAUUUCACUGGAAAAAAUUGAUUGUCGUUUGAUUUCUCAAAAGAAUUUGAAUCGGAAUUUUUCACUUGAAAACUGCUCAAGAUUGUUUGCUCAACCGUGAGUCUUGUUAAUUGAUAUUACUAUUUGUCCGUUUGACUUUUGAAGUUGUUCCCAUUCCUGAAUUUGUUGAGAUAUUGAGACUAUAAUCGCUAUAUUGCUUCUUUCUAGAUCAUAGACUAUAGAAUCAUAAAGUACAUUGUUUUUUAGAUUUUUCAGAACCCUCAGCAUGACAGGCAAGUCCCAUUUUGUCAAGCAGACUUCGUUUGAAGUCGACUAUUCGCCCACGGAGAUCACUAAAUGGCGCUCUUCCAGAACUGGAUUGCAACUCACGUAUAUCAACCAGCCCUCGCCUAUUGUCAAUGGUUACUUCGCUGUGGCUACAGAAAUCGACAACAAUACUGGAAGUCCCCAUACUUUGGAACACUUGGUCUUUAUGGGCUCUCGCAAAUACCCCUACAAGGGGUUGUUGGAUACACUUGGAAGUCGUUUGUACUCAACUACCAACGCCUGGACUUCCGUAGAUCAGACUGUCUAUACCCUUACCACUGCUGGCUGGCAGGGUUUCAAGACUCUUUUGCCAAUCUACUUGGAUCACUUGCUCAGCCCUACUAUCACCGAAGAAGCCUGUCUUACUGAAGUGUACCACAUCGAUGGUGAUGGUAAGCAGAAAGGAGUUGUUUUCUCAGAAAUGCAAGGCAUUGAGAAUCAGCUGUGGUUCAUCACCUAUCAGAAGAUGCAAGAGACUUUGUUUUCUGAGAGCUCUGGUUAUUCUUCUGAAACUGGGGGCUUGACCACAGAAUUGCCUACUCUUACAAGAGAAACGAUCAAAAAGUUCCACGAUAGUUCAUAUAGACCCGACAACUUGUGCGUAAUCAUCACAGGCUCCAUAGACGAAAAUGAGCUUGUAGACAUCAUGACUCAGUUCGAUAAUGAAUUGGCUCCCUUACCCGAUACUCCCAACAAGAGACCAUUUGUGGACUCUAAACAUGAUCCGCCAUUGUCAGAAACAAUUAUUAAAGAAAUCGAAUUUCCAGAUGAAGACGAAUCCAUGGGAGAGCUCUUGAUCUCGUGGAUUGGCCCAGAUGGAAAUGAUACCUUACAAAGUGUAGCUAUAGACAUGAUCGCCUACUAUUUUACUGAUAGUCCGAUCUCGUUGCUUAACAAACAUAUGGUAGAAAUCGAAGAUCCUCUUGCUACUGACAUCGAUUAUUCCCCAGAUAGUUUUGUAAGAACCAUCAUCAACUUCACCUUAGGUGGAGUUCCUGCUAAUCGAUUGCAAGAGGCUGAUUCCAAGCUAAAGGAGUUGAUCUUGAGUCAAGUCAAACCAGAAAAUUUUGACUUGUCGUACAUGAGAGAAAUUGUGCAACAGCAGAAGUUAAAGUACAUCUCCAGAGCUGAAAAGAACUCGUCUACAUUCUCUACCAUUGCUACCUUAGAAUUCUUAUAUGGUAAUGUAGACGGCUCUGACUUGAAGAAGUGGACCAAGGACUUGCACGAAUAUGAGGUUAUCUACAACUGGACGACUGAACAGUGGUGCAAUUUGAUUUCUGAACAGUUUGUUGAGAACCACUCUGCUUCCAUUCUCGGUAAACCAUCCUCUGCCUUAAAUGAUGAGUACAAAAAACGAAACAAGAAGUUGAGAAAAGACAUCAUUGCUAAGUAUGGGGAAGAAGGCUUGAAGAAGUUGGGGAAAGAAUUGGAAAGAGCUCAGAAAAAGAAUGACAUUCCUAUUCCAGACGAGUUGUUGCUCAAGUAUGAGAAACCAGACCCUUCAAAGAUCGAUUUCAUUGAGACUACUUCGUACAAAGCUGGGUUUACGGAAGGAAUGUUUAAUCCUAAGACAAACAACUAUGUAGAUGAUGACUUCAGUGAAGCUUUGAAGAGGGACACUCCAAAGGAUAGCUUCCCUUUGUUUUUCCAUUUUGAAGACUUCAAGUCUCAAUUCACUACGAUUAACUUGGUCUUGUCUUCUACUAAGAUCUCUCCUCAUCUCUUGAAGUAUACUUCAAUUGUAGAAGAACUUUUUUCGUUAUCCAUUCAGCUUCCAGAUGGAACAUAUACCCCAUACGACAAGGUGAUUUCAGAAAUCAACAACGACUUGUUGGAAUUUCAAUUGGAUAACGGCUAUGAAAACCAAUUCCUUGAACUCUUAGGAAUCAGAAUUAAAUUUGAGUCAGCCAAGUACAAGAAAGCUAUUCAGUGGUUGCUAAAUGUGACCAAGUAUGUCGUAUUCGAAGAAUCCAGAGUCAAGAUCAUUGUAGAGAAAAUUAUCAACUCAUUGCCAGACAAAAAAAGAAACAGUGAGUUGAUGAUGUACUCGUCCCAACAUAGACAUAUGUAUAACGAGGAAUCUUUGAGAAAGUCUCAAGAUUCUAUCCACACUGAAACCUUCUACAGGAACUUAUUAGAAAUGAUUGAGGGAGGUAAUUUUAGUAGUAUACAAAGCGACUUGGAAGCUUACAUUAAGCAAUUGUUUACUUUGGAUAAUAUGAAGGUAUUUGUCUUGGGAAAUGUCAAGAAUUUGGAUGGACCAGUUUCAUCGUGGUCUGAUUUUGUUGAGAAAUAUGAACAGCCCCAAAAUUCACCAGAUCCCUUUCACAAGUUGCCAAGAUCGUACCAGUUCAAAUCCCAGCUAGGCCACAUCUGUGCUAAGAAUGCCUUCCUUGUUCUUAGUCCAAUUGCUGAUUCCACUCACUUGAUUACAUCUACUCCUAUUCCUAACGACUACUUGGAUGAAGAUAUUUUCAAAAUUGCUCUUGCUAGCGAAGUCUUGAAUGUUGUUGAGGGUCCUUUGUGGAAGGGUAUCAGAGGAGCUGGUUUGGCUUAUGGUGCCUCUGUGAAGAGGGAUAUAGAAACUGGUUUGUUAAGCUUCACUGUUUAUAGAGGUGCUGAUGCUAAGAAAUCUUGGGAAGUUGCGAAGUCCAUAGUAGAUGAUUAUGCUCUGGGAAAGGUCGAAGUCGAUGCUAUCACAAUAGAAAAUUCUAUUGCUUCCAUUGUGAAUGAGUUGGCCAAUGGUGAGAGUAACAAUUACUAUGCUGCUACUAGUAAGAUCAGUGAUAAUUUGUUCAAAAAACGUGGUCCAGCUUACAUUAAGCUCUUUUUGCUGAAGUUGAACGCCUUAACUAAGGAUGACGUAGUUUAUGCCAUUGAAAAGUAUUUCAAGCCCAUGUUCGAUUCAGAGCUGUCUUUGGUUUUCUCCAGCAUCCCUUCUGAGAAAGAAGAGGAAAUGGAGAAAUAUUUCACCGAACUUGGCUACAGAGUUCACAUUGAGGUUAUAGACGCAGAACCAGUAGAGGUCGAAGAUGAUCUGGAGGAUCUGGAAUCUGGCUCCUCUGAAGAAACCAAUUCAGAGGAUACAAGCGACGAAGAUCAAUAAUACAGUUGGAACUGAUGUCCAACUCUACAAUUGUACAUACAGAUAUAUAGAUUUUUCUAUUAAUGUUAUUUGUAUUUCUGGAAGCUUCGUAUUACAAAGGCUAUAUGAAUGUUCUUAAAAGGUUUUUCUGAUCAGGAAUGAUAGAGAAGAACAAGGUAUUACUUGUUGCUUCACUUACUGAAUAUGCAAAAUGAAGGCAAGCAUCGGAUAAAUGUUGUCUUCUAGGAUUGUUUCACGUCUACGACCGUGCUAACCUAGUCCUAACUAUUGUUGAAACUUAGCCUUGAUUUCAUCUGGCAAUGGAACUCCAACAUCGUUGUUGGCAGGUUGAGCGUCACCAUUCUUUUGCUCUUCUUUAGUGUCUUCUUUAGUGUCUACUUUAGUGUCUUCUUUGGUGCCUUCCUCUUUAGUCCCUUCUUUAGUUUCUUCUUUAGUCCCUUCUGGUUUUUCUUCUUCCUUGUCUUCCGGAAGUGGAGGGUGUCCCUCACGGUUUUCCAGGAUCAAUUUUCCAUUUUCAUCGAUUAAACCCUGUUGAGCAAGCUUGUUCUUGUUCUUAUUGAAUUCGUAUUCCUUUUGGUUAUCCGCUAACUGCUGCAUACGGUUCUCGGUAUCAAUAUCCUUUAAUAUUUGAUGGAUUUUCUUGAUGUAAGAAAGCACGGUAGCAUCGCUAUCCUUUGAAUCCUUUUUCAACAACUCAGUGAAC